UGCAGCUGGGUUUUACAGUUUGGACAGCUGUUGGCUGCACAGUUAACUGGCACGAUAAUGGUGGUGUUGGACCUCAAAGUCACAGCCUCCGAUGAGGCGUCCCUCAGAAAUAAUUACAAGAUCUUGAACACCAUCUGCCAAAGCAGCUUUGGUGAAGUGAAGCUGGCCUGCCACCUCCUCACCCAGACCCAGGUGGCGUUGAAAAUCCUGCCAAGGAACUCCUCUAUUGUCACAUCAGAAAUUGAUAUCAUGAAAUCCCUCAGUCAUCCCAAUAUCAUCCAGCUUUAUCAGAUCAUCAACACCACUGUCAACACCUACCUUGUAAUGGAGCAUUCGAGCGGGGGAAGGCUGCUGGACCGGAUCCAGGAGGAUGGACAUCUGCAGGAGGAGGAGGCCCGUCGAAUUUUCCAGCAGAUUGGGAGCGCUGUGCAUUACUGUCAUUCAAAAGGUGUCGUGCAUGGAGACCUGAGGCCAGAAAAUAUACUGGUGGAUGGCGAGGGCAACGUCAAACUCAGUGACUUUGGGUUGGGCGUUCAGGUGAGCCCUGGGCAGAAGCUGCAUUCUUUCUUCUGCAGCCUCCCAUUUUGUGCCCCAGAACUCCUUCAGGGAAAAGACUACGAUGGACCCGCAGCUGAUAUGUGGAGCCUGGGAGUCCUCCUCUACUUUAUGACCAUGGGGUGCCUCCCUUUUCAAGCACCUACCAAUCCCGGGAUAAAGCAGAAGAUCCUGUGUGCGAAAUACUACAGCCCAUCUUAUCUUUCUGCAAAUGUCCUAAAUGUAAUUGGUCAGUUACUCACCCUGGACCCUAGCAAGAGGGCUACUAUAGACUGCAUCAUGCACCACCCAUGGCUCACGCAAGGUGAGGUUCCUUCUCUUGAGUUUUCCUUGGAGGAGUUCCCCAGUCUCCCGAACCCCAUUAUCAUAACCAUUAUGGCUGAUUUGGGGUAUGACCCUUACGAGGUCCUGGAAUCUUUAAAAGCACAAACCUUCAAUGAAACAAUGGCUACGUAUCUGAUAUUACAACACAAGAGCCCCUGGGAGAAUAGCCAGGAGAACCAAGUGAAGCCUGGGCAGCCAGGUGUUACACCUUGUGUGACCCCAGCAGAUCUUUCCACCUUCCCUCUUCCCCUGAACCAGACAGCCAGCAAGCCUGCCCUUCACACCUUCCCCUGUAAAUGUCAGCUUCCCCAUGAUGAGAAACAUUUAAGGAUGGAGGGAGGCAAGAGGGCCAUCAUGUCUGCUGCUCCCCAGUGCUGCCUUCUGAAGAGGACCAUCUCUCAUUUCAGGGCAGCCUGCCAUCAUGAUGCUGUCGCUGCCCUUUGUACCCACUCCACGAGUAGCUACGGUGCUGAGCCAGGGAGCCAUGUGGGCCCUCAGGACACACUUCCAAAAAACAACUCACUUCCCAGGAAGGAACUGUGGACCCUGACCACCACGGGUGCCCGAACAACAGACAGCAGCUCAUCCUCUGGGGAGCUAUCGCCAAAACCAGUGUCCUUGUCCAGUGACCAGCCUAACAGUGGGAUGGUAGCCUGCACCCACACACACUGCUCAGGCUGGAAGAGAGAGAUGAGGAGAGUGGUGAGCUGUGUAGCAAAACUGUGCUGCUGCGUGACAGUCCAGAGGAAAGUUCAGGUCUCCAGAAACCAAGAGGUGCCAAUCAGAGUGCAAUGGCAAGACCCCCAAAGCCAGGAGGUGAGGCGCUGAGAUGUAUUUGUGCAUUGACCUCAUCUGCACUGUGCUUUUCAACUGACAUCAUUGUGCACCUGCGUGGGGCGUGUGGUUUAAUGUGUCUGUCAUCUCAAGAGGACAAAUCCACAGAACUUA